GGUUCCUUUUGCUAUUAGUACCAGGGCCGCUAUGCAGACAUUGCUCCAGAAGCAUGGCCUUUCAUGCCCUGCCCGUGGCACUCCCAUCAGCUGUACAGAGGAGAGGCGUCUCUGGUGUCAGGCGUUUGCUUGGAAGCUUCAUUCGUGCAGUGCACCCAGAUUUGUCCCCAGAGUUUCCGCUCGAGGCUCGACGGAUUAAUCAACGUUCAUUGGCCGAGCUGAACGCUUUUGUUGAUCUCUUGGAGAGCGAUGAGGUGCGAAAGUUUGAAGAUGGUCCUGAAUCCGCUCGUGAGCUGCCGUUUUUCCGUGCUCUUCAAACGCGGCUUGGACGUGUGGUACCCAACCGGGUGUCGCCCCUCCACUUGCUAUUGCCGUCGUUGCCGGCCUCUGCCAACCACCUUGAAAAGGAGUUCGCCGCUGCACAUUUGAUUCGAGGAGCAGAGGUUGCCUUGGAGACUUCUCCGAGCUCAUUUUCUCAAAGGCCAGAUGUUCCCAGGCUCUUCACAAAGCCCGGCACAGGAAGGAAGGCAUUUGACAAGCUUUGGUGGCAACAGACUCAAGAGGAGCUAGUUAAAGACGCCAUUCACGGUCCAGAUGAUGAGGAAGUGCGGCUUCAUGUUGCAAAGCGUGUCUUUGCCUGCAAGUAUGCCAGCCAGUUGAUGCGGCAAUACGUUCGUAUUAAAAACACGGCCAAGCGCAAACGCCGCCUGGCAGGCUUGGAUGAAAUUGUCCAAGCAAAAAUUGCACAGAAGUUCCCUUCAAUUCCAGAGAAGGAAGAGGUGUUUGAUGAGAAAAGGGAUCCCGUACGGGUCUUGGAAGGAGGCUUUCAUCCAGACCUGGUCUUUAUGGCGCCUGAUUUGUCAGAUCAACAUCGCAGAGAGGCCAUCCGUCGUAUUUGUGGGAUGAAUUUGGAGAAAGACUCAGACUUUUGGCUUCUUGAGAACCUUUGGAAGGCCAUGCGGGGUACCGCUCCAGCUGUUCCGCUGGUUGUAGCAGAGCGCGACUAUAAAGCACACGAGAGCGGGUUUAUUCAAAUCCCCUGGGAUUUUACGGUGUUGAGCCUUUGCGAUCUUUUGGAGGAGCAUUUGGACACCACCCGUGAACAUCUGCGGAGGCGACGUGAGGGAUCUUCACGCACCAAUCCGCCAGCUCCAGCUCGGAUUGAGUAGUCAGACCUUCGGGAGGAAAAGAUGGUGCUUUGGGAUGCCGGGAUCAAAUUGAAGGUGCAUUGUGCGGUGUAUUUACGUUAAUUGUAUGUAUAAUAUGGAUACGAAUUAAUGC